AUGAAUAUAAAAGAUGAUUGGUUAUCGAAUGUACUUGAUGUGUGAACGAUAACCAAUCAUGUAUUGUUAUCUGCCACGUUUUCAAGUUGCCGCGUUGUCACAUAUGUAUUGCGGGAAAAGUUAGCACGCCGAGUGUAAUUCAGGCACGGUUCUAGCCGUGUUUAAUUAGUUUAUUUUAUUAUUGACAGAAAAUGCAAAUAUUACGGCAAUUAGACGUGCAUCCAAAAGUGCGCGAGGAGGCAGAUAUUCUCGUGAGAACUUUCAGUGGUGCCGUUGGUAAAGUGUUUCAUUUGUCAAACCUUAUACCGCUUAUCGGUUUUGUUGUGAUACUAAUAUACAAUAAACUUUUUAACGAUUUUGUUGACUUUCUAAAAUCGUCACGAUGCUGAAGAACUUUUGAAUUACUCUACUUUCUCCAAUCUGAAAUAUUAUUUUAAGAUAUCAUGAUAUGAUAAAUAGAUUUAACCUCAAUAUUUAAUAGAAAUAGAAAAUCUUAUUAUUCCCAAAUCGAAUAUCGUUAUUUCUUAGAACUUUGUUGAAGCUAUAUUUUAAAUUACAUUCGUUAAAAUUUUUUACUAUUUCAUAAUUAUUAUUUACAUUUGUUAUUGGAUGUAAACAAAGUUUAUAACCUAAAUUCACUUGUAUUUUCCUGUAUUUUUUCAGUUACAAUUAUUAGUACCAUUAUUAUGGGUAUUUUAUUUCUAUCUGAAGUGAAUUAUUAUCUUACUCCAACUCUGAGUGAAGAACUGUUCGUGGACACUUCAAGAGGUUCAAAAUUAAGAAUUAAUUUAGAUAUAAUUGUACCUACAAUAUCUUGUGAUGUUUUAUCGAUAGACGCAAUGGAUACAACAGGAGAACAACAUUUACAAAUAGAACAUAAUAUAUUUAAAAGACGUUUAGACUUAAAUGGAAAACCUAUAGAAGAUCCACAAAGAACAGAUGUUGUAAUACUUGUGAAGAUGUAAGAGAAGCCUACAAACUUAAAAAUUGGGCACUUCCUGCUCUAGGAAUGAUAAAACAAUGUAAAAAUGAAAAGUCAGUGGAGAAAAUGAAAACUGCCUUUAGUCAAGGCUGCCAAAUAUAUGGUUACAUGGAAGUAAAUAGAGUAGUGCAUGAUGUUCAACCAUAUACAUCAACACAAUUUAACAUGACCCAUAAGAUUCGCCACUUAAGUUUUGGAUUAAACAUUCCAGGAAAAACAAAUCCUAUGGAUGAUACCACUGUAGUUGCGAUGGAAGGUGCGAUGAUGUUUUAUCAUUAUAUUAAAAUUGUACCAACGACUUAUGUUCGCGCCGAUGGCUCUACAUUAUUAACAAAUCAAUUUUCUGUAACUCGACAUGCCAGACAAGUAUCUCUGUUUAGCGGCGAAUCAGGGAUGCCUGGUAUAUUUUUCAAUUAUGAAUUAAGUCCAUUAAUGGUAAAAUAUACAGAAAAAGCAAAAUCAUUCGGUCAUUUUGCUACAAACACAUGUGCUAUUAUCGGUGGGGUAUUUACAGUUGCUGGUUUAAUAGAUUCAUUCUUAUAUCAUUCUGUCAGAGCAAUACAGAAAAAGAUAGAAUUGGGCAAGUAUAAUUAAAAUUCAAAUUAACUUAUAAAUUUAGAAAGUAUUAUAAAAUACCUGAAAAUAUUUUGUACGACGGAUGA